UUCACAAAAGUUAAUUUUAUCAUGCAUAAAUUCACCAUUGCUAUUGCGUUAUUUGUGGUAAUAUACCAAAUUGGAAAAACGUGCGGGUUUGAGCAGAAUGGCGAUACAAGAAUUGUUGGAGGGAGCCCUGCAGUGGAAGGUCAAUUUUCUUUUGCAGUAUCCUUGCGUGUUCGCGGCAAACACUUAUGCGGAGGUAGUCUCAUUAGAAAUGAUACAGUUUUAACUGCAGCCCACUGUAUUAUCAUAGAUGAACCUGAAUACUACACAGUUGCUUUCAAUACAACAACUCUAAUUGAAUCUCCAAACACCGUUUCAAUGAAAGUGACAAAAAUAAUAAAACACAAAAAAUUUAACUUGGAUAUAAACUUUGAUUAUGAUAUAGCAGUUCUUAAGGUAAAACCAGUUGGAUCAUCAAACAAGACUAUUUCAGAUAUAGCAAUAAAGUUGAACACUAAUCCAGUAAAGGAUCAUACCAAUUGUACAGUAAUAGGAUGGGGCGAUACAUAUGAGGGUUCGCAGGCAGGAAGCCCUUUUCUUCAAUAUGUAGAAAUACCAAUUAUUCCUAAAACAGAAUGUGUAAAAAUUUAUAUGAAUUUAUUAAAUAGUGACAUGCUUUGCGGUGGAUUACCAGGAAAGGACUCUUGUCAAGGAGAUUCGGGUGGUCCUCUUGUAUGCAAUAAUAAAUUGGCUGGAAUUGUUUCAUUUGGAGAGGGCUGUGGUAAAAAUCCAGGCGUUUAUACCGAUGUAUCGCAUUACUUAGAAUGGAUUAAAGAUGCACAAAAUAAUGCUUAUAUUAUAAGGCAGUCUCAUGUAAUGAUUUUACUUUUAGUCACAAUUUUAAUAUUUAAGAUAAUAUAAUACAUGUAUUAAUAUAUAUUUGUAAUAUAAAAAUAGAA